AUGUGGCCCUUCUCAUCCUACCCCGAAAGCACAGCAAGCGAAGUAGCAGGCCAAACAUUCGACUACAUCGUCGUAGGCGGAUGUCUAAUUGCAAACCGACUCUCUGUCCACGCCUCAGUACUAGUUCUAGACAAAGGUCGCGUGAACGCAGGUCUGCUAUCGCGGAUCCCUCUCCUCGGCCCGCUGCAGGGGGGCAUUAAUCGGUACCACGCUGAGCCUAAUGCAAAUCUACGUGGGCGUCAUGUGCAACUUCUUGCAGGUGAAAUGCUUGGCGGGACGAGUCGGAUUCAUUCGAUGGUUUGGAGUCCUGGUGGACGUGCUGAGUUUGAUGGCUGGGCGAGGGAUCUGGGGUUGGAUGAUUGGGGUUGGGGAAGGGUUGAGCCAGCGCUUUGGAGGGUUGAAGGGGGUGUGAAGCGACGGCAGGCUGGGGAUACGGGGUUGAUGCCGUUUGUGGAUUCUGUGAUGGGGAGGGUUGGACUUGGGGAUGGGGAGAGGGGGACGCAGAGGUAUGCGAGGAGUGAGCUUUCGAUUGAUGGGAAGGGGGAGCGGAGUUCUGCGUUGACGUCUUGGUUGGAUGCUGGGGUUGUGAAGGAGAGAGGGGGACGGUUGAAAGUGUGUACGGGGGUUUUGGCGACUAAGCUUGAGUUCGGGGAUGAGGGAACGAGCGUCACGGGAGUAUGGAUCAGACCAGCAAGUGGAGGUGCGGAUGUUCUGGUUAAGGCUCAACGGGAAGUGAUUGUUUGCAGUGGUGUAUUUGGCACGCCACAGCUGCUCAUGCUCAGUGGCAUUGGUCCCAAAGAUCAUCUUUCAGCGCAAGACAUUCCUGUAGUGCAGGAUCAUCCUGCCAUGGGCUCCCAUUUGGUCACUCACGUCCUUGUGCCGGUAAUGACAGAGCUCCCGCGCAAGCAUACUUUGCACAUCAUACAGACCGUGGCCAUUCUAUGGCACUUCAUGCUGUGGCUCUUCUUUGGGACUGGCGUUCUCUCUUCCAAUGGCCAAUUCGGCGCCGCGUUCCUGCACUCCACUUCGCUCGACAAUGAUAUGGCAGUCCACCCUUCUGAGAAUGAGGACGCCCCUGAUCUGGAGGUCUUGAUAUGUCCCCUCAGCACGCUGAUUGAACAUGGCGUCCCUGGAGUUCCGUGUCUGACAUGGUACGCGGCUCUCGUGCAGCCAUUUACUACCGGCAGCGUCGAACUCACUGGAUCUGACCGGACAAAGUCUCUCAAGAUCACAAUUCCUUUGCUAGUUGAUUCUCGCGACAGUCCGCGACUACGUAAGGCUGUGCGUUUUGCCAUGCGACUAGCCGACGAGUUUUCCCGUCCAGAUACCGGGUAUCCACAUCCGGCACCAUUCACGCUAGCCCCUGGCAUGGAUCUGGAGUAUCUCGACUCCAUGCUUGACAAGAACAGAAGUAAGAGUGAUAAGAAAAAGAUCACAAAAGCAGAUCCACCACAGAUGGACGCUUGGAAGACAGUGACGGAUGAACAGGUUGACGAGUAUAUCCAGCGAGUGGUUACGGGCAGCUACGAUCCCAUGGGCACUUGCCGGAUGAGCCUCACGAGAGAAGAGGGUGUAGUCGAUCAAAGGCUGAGAGUGCAUGGGGUACGGAAUUUACGAAUUGCAGAUGCCAGUGUGUUCCCACGACCAGGGGGUGCGUCGAUCUCUGCAUCGGUUUAUAUGGUUGCCGAGAGGUGUGCGCAGUUUAUCCUCGAUGAGAACCUUGGAAGUGGCGUAUGA